AUGCUGCAACAGAUGCUUUUCGAUUUUUUGGCCCUUGGCGUUGCGUCGCGCGUGCCAGUGCCCAUCUGCACCAAGCGCCAGGGAUUCGGACGCGCUCCCGUCGGCUCAAUUCCGGAGACGGGUCGGAGUCGAGGCAUGGCACAAACUGCGCGGGACGUGGAAUCCAAGCAAGCUGCUCUUCGGGCUGCUCGUCGGUCGUCGGGCUGGGGCUCGGGCAGGGCACUUCUACACACACUCAUGCAGCGCGACGCCGGCUUUGAGGGGCAGCGCAGGCAAGGAGGCGAGAGAGGGCGGCGCGAGGCGCGCUCUGCUGCCGUCGCCAACAAUUCAUCCGGAUGGGCGACAAGCGAGACAUCCUUUUGCACACACUACCGCUCCCGUUGGUGCCAGGUGGCCAACCGCCUCGCCUUUUCCGCGGCGUUGUGCGGAUGUGUAGUUGCGCCAGACCUGGCAUUCGAACACGCUGUCUCCCAGACGUAG